AUGGCUUAUGAAAUGAGAAGAUCCACUCGUGUGCAAAAGCUGUCUAAGAUGACAUCCACGAAUUCGAUUCGCAAGGAUUCGAUGCCGUUGAGAAGAUCGAAAAGGAUUGCCGCCGCUGCUUCGUUGUCCAACGCAGGAAGAAAUGAUGGCAAGUUCGUGAUUGGAAGAAAGAAGGUUUCGAAGCCGGCGCGUGAUGUGGCAAUUCAAACCCCACAACUUCGUAUUCCUGAAGAACCCGUGGAUGGUCAGAAUCGAUCCAAUGGAGGUGGGAAAUGGCAACGAAGACAUUUCUCGAGAAGAAGCCGCUCUCUUGCGAGCCCUCAGCUGUGCGUCCCCUUAAGAAGAUCGAAGAGGAUUGACGCCGCCGCCGCCGCUGCUUCGUUGCCCAACGCAGGAAGAGAAGAUGGCGAGUUCGUGAUUGGAAUUAAGAAGGUUUCGAAGCCGGCGCGUGAUGUGGCACAACUUUGUGUUCUUGACAAUUCCAUGGAUGAUCAGCAUCGAUCAAAUGGAAAAGGAAAAUGGCCGCAAAGUCGUGAUUCAAGAAGAGAACCGACUGGAGCGAGCCUUCAGCAGUGCGUCUCAUUGCGACGAUCGAAGAGAAUCGCUGCGUCCAAUGCAGCAAGACGUGUUGAAACGUUGGGAAGAAAGAAGACACCGUGUCCUGCUUCUAAUGAGGCAACUGAAGUUCGUCAACGUCGAUAUGUAGAAGAGCCCAUGGACGAUCAGCUUCGAUCCAAUGGAGGUGGAAAAUGGCCACGAAACCAUUUCUCAAGAAGAGGCCGCUCUGGAGCGAGCCCUCUCAAGUGCCGGCGACUUACCAUUGAAGUUCUUCGACAGGAGAGUGUGAAUCUUCCGAUAGCGUCAGGAGCUGAAAUCGAAAGAGAUCAAGAACAACUCGAUGGCAAAGGACAUCAGACUGGAGAUGCACAGAGAAAUCAUGCAUGUGGAAUGGUCUCCAUACAAAAAGUUGAAAUUGCUGCAUCUGGUUGUGCUGCGUCAACGGAUCUGUCACUCCUGUCGUCUCAGGAUUCGUCGACUUUGAGUUCCGUCGAGGGCGAUACGAUGGUGUUGGAAGAAGGCAGCACAGUGAGGCUGGAAGAAGGAAGCAGCGCUGUAGAUAGCGAUAACUCCCUGUUGCGAAUGGAUGGAGAAGAUAGGAGUACGGACGCGAUCGAUAUCAGCGACGAUCUCUUUUUGACGUUCCCAGAGGAAGAAGCGGCUGAAGAAGAAACUGAAAAGAGCUCGCUGUGUACAGACGGGACAGACGAGCUCAACGCAGCAUUUCGAGAGGAAGCAGAAGAAGAAGUAAUGGAAAUUGAAAGUAGUAGCGAUGACGAUUGUGAGAAGAGGAACAUUACGGAUGUGUUCAACUCGGCGUUUCACGAAGAAGAAGAGGAAGAAGAAGAUGAAGAAGAAGAGAAAGAAGAAGGCCGAGUUGAUACGCAGUGGAUAACAUCUAUCGACGAGGCGCAGUUUCCGCCCUCGCUUCGCAUCCUCGCUAGGGCUUUGGUGUCCGUCGACGACAUGCCCCGCUUGAGAGGUACGAAUCAAGAACUCUACCUCUCAUCGGGUGCAAUUCUUUGCGGCCUUUUGGACGUCGCGGCACAUUCCACGCAAAGAAUUGCCAUCGUCGCCCCAGACAUGACGAGCGAAUUGAUGACUGGAAGGGAAGUUGGAAAGGAGGAGGUCGCCGGCGCCUUAAUUGGUGACCGGCUCGACUUUGAGAUCGUCUUCGUCCCGAUCUUUCUCGAGAACCAUUGGAUGCUUGGGACAAUCGACGGCAUCAGGAAUAUGGCUAGGGUUUACGACUCGGGUUCGUCACGUCUGACGCCAGCAAGAAGAAAGAUGGUAUCCAAAGCCAUCAAGACGUUGGCGGCCCACCUGAUGCCAGAACGUCUGAUGUCGACUCGCUGGGCCCCGCAAGGACAUCAAGACAUCCAAACCGACGGCUGGAAUUGCGGGGUCCAUGUGAUACGGAACGCCCGGCGUUACUUGGAGCGUCCAAACUCCAACCUUUCAUCGAAGGACGGGGACCACGCAAGAAUAAGGGACGAGCGACUCCAGCUUCGCCAACUUGUACCUGCUCUGGCCCAGCGUUGUGGGGAAAUCGCCGACGAUGCGACAAGGAUGGCGCCGUUAGCCGAGAAUCUGGCGAUUUAUCCACAAAAGAUUCGUUCUGCCAAAGCUACAGCGAAUAGAAGAAUACAACAUCUCUACCGAACACGUCGAUGCUAA